AUGGAGAACGUGGAAUUCGAGGCUUCGGAGAUUGAGUAUGUUAGUUAUGGCGGCGAGCAUCACCUUCCUCUGAUUAUGAACCUCGUGGACCAGGAGCUCAGCGAACCUUACUCCAUCUUCACGUACCGUUACUUCGUCUAUCUCUGGCCUCAGCUUUCUUUCCUGGCGUUCCACAAGGGUCAAUGCGUGGGCACGGUGGUAUGUAAGAUGGGGGAACACCGCAAUACUUUCAGAGGGUACAUUGCCAUGCUGGUUGUGAUCAAGCCUUAUAGAGGGAGAGGCAUUGCUACAGAGCUUGUUACUAGGUCUAUCAGUGUGAUGAUGGAAUCAGGUUGUGAAGAGGUUACACUUGAAGCGGAAGUGACAAAUAAAGGAGCCCUUGCCCUGUAUGGUCGCCUUGGCUUUAUCAGGGCUAAACGGCUCUUUCACUAUUAUUUGAAUGGUGUUGAUGCUUUCCGUUUGAAACUUUUAUUUCCCCGCCCAGAGUUGCACCCAUCUCUGCCAAUGAUGGCAGAUAAAUAUGAGAGCCACAUACAAAGUGACCAAGGUGAUACAUCAUUUAAAGAAUAA